GGAAAAGUUGUACUUAGCCCGCGUUUUGUUCUGGAUCUCGUUAAAAUCAGCCCUUAAAAAUGCUCGAAAGCAGUGUAAAUACGAACUUUAUCUCGGAAAAAGUAGCAAAAAUUCGAUUUUGUCCCGAGGAAUAUUCAGAAGUAUCCAGUUUUGUUACAGGAAGUUAUGAUUUGCCGAAAAAUAGCAUCAAAUUCUGGCGUAUGGAUCGUAAUGACAUGGUUGAUGAGGAGCAAGAUUACGUUCCAAAGUCGAAAGCUACUCUUCCAUUGAACGCCGAUGUCACUGGGUUAGAAUUUUUGGAUUUUAACAACUUUGGUGUGACAACUUCCGAUGGAAAUUUCGCCCUUGUGUACAUCAAUCGUGACAAAGAUGAGAAUAAUUUGAAGGAAAACAUCAAACACGAAAAUCUUCAUCGUUUUAAUUGCACCGGGCUCUCGGCAUUCGACGAAGACGUCGUCACAGUUGGAGAGGAUGGUGUCUGGCAUUUGCUUGCGACGAACCAACAACGCGUAAUUCGUAGCAACAAAAAUGCCGACAGUUGCGGGAUCUCGACAGUUUGUUUCGUGAACCGCAAAGAACUCAUCACGGGCAACAGUCUCGGUGUUCUCAAGAUUUUUGAUACUUUACAAGCGACAGACAAGCCACAACAUACGCUCCAAGUCUCGUGCGAAGACGAAAAACGUUGCAAUCGUGUCAUGUGUCUCACUUUUCAUCCGACGCAGCAAUUUCAGCUGCUCGCGGGAACAGAAGAAGGCUCCCUCACGAUUUUUGACUUGCGCAAACCAGACACGCCGGCGUCAUAUUUGUCCGCUCACAGCACACCAAUCAACGAAAUUGGCUUUCAUCGAACGGAUCCGAGUAAAUUAUUUACGGCAGCGGAAAAUGGCGAGCUUUGGAUGUGGACACAAAAUAUGCAGCCCGUACUUGGAAUGAAUGAAGCUUCGACAGAGGCUCCGUGGCUGAAUGGAGAAAGGGCGAAAAGUGACAUCAAUGUGACGGCGUUGCUUGAAAGUCGAUGCAGAAUGGCAAUUAAUUCCUUUGACACGUUCCGGAAUAAAGUUAUUGCGUCGGGAGACAUGGAAGCUGUUUAUUUGAUUGAUCAAGUUUAUUGAAAAUUCAGAAAUAAAAGAAAAUAUUUUUUUAAAAAAUUUUUGUUGCAAAUUAUUUUUUGAUCUUUUUAAGCCUAAAAUUGAAUAAAUAUCCAUUCUAAAG